UCACGGCCAGACUGAGGACCUGGCGCCGCGUUCCUACGGCCCUCCACCGGCGCCGCCACCCCAUCCUUGCCCUCCCGCCUCCGGCUCCCUGCCGCCGCUCAGUCGACCUCCGCCACCGCAGUUCGACUCCGAUUUCGCCUGGCAUCAAGCGUCACCGCUGCCAGCCACUAGGGUUGCGCCGCCUCCCUUCUCCCGCGCUCCAACUUCGUCGUCGGCUCCCCCCACCCCGCAGCGCCUGUUCCGCGACCAGUCUGUGGUUUUCCUUUGAUUCAGAGGCUGGGAACCUCAAAGAACAGGAUCCAUGGAGGGUGGAGACGCAAGAAAUGGUUUGACUGGGACAUCACAGACAACGGGAAGUGGGGUUGAGAGCCCAGCAAAGCCACUGCCUCCUUGCUGUGUCAAGGCGAGGGCUGCAGCACCUGAAUCUGAGGCCAAGUGCCAUGCCACUGUGGUAUCGGGAUGGUUCACGGAAACCCGCUCACGAUGUGGUAAAGCGAGCAAACUGCAGUAUUACAAUAAUCCAAUGUGGCCAGGAGAGACCCAUUCCUUGAAAGUGGAAAAGAUCCUGUACCAGGGGAAGUCACCAUACCAAGAAGUGUUGAUUUUUGAGUCGUUAACCUAUGGAAAAGUCCUUGUGCUUGAUGGUAUUGUACAAUUGACUGAUAAGGAUGAAUGUGCCUACCAGGAAAUGAUUACUCAUCUCCCACUCUGUUCAAUUCCUUCUCCUAAGAAGGUUUUGGUUAUUGGAGGUGGAGAUGGUGGUGUACUUCGAGAGAUAGCCAGACAUGGUUCAGUGGAGUCUAUUGAUAUAUGUGAAAUUGAUCAGCUAGUUAUUGAUGUUUGUAAAGAUUUCUUCCCAGACUUAUCUGUCGGAUUUAAGGAUCCUCGUGUUCGACUUCAUGUUGGUGAUGCUGUGGAGUUCCUAAGAAAUUCUCCUGAAGGGACAUAUGAUGCUAUUAUUGUUGAUUCAUCAGAUCCUAUAGGGCCUGCUCAGGAACUUGUAGAGAAGCCAUUUUUUGAGACAAUUGCUAGAGCUUUGAGACCUGGUGGUGUUCUUUGUAAUCAAGCUGAGAGUAUGUGGUUGCAUACACAUCUGAUUCAGGACAUGCUUUCGAUCUGCUGUGAGACUUUCAAGGGUUCUGUCCACUAUGCCUGGGCAAGUGUCCCAACAUAUCCUAGUGGUGCAAUUGGGUUUUUGCUAUGUUCCAAAGAGGGUCGACCAGUCAACUUCCUGGCACCCAUAAAUCCAAUUGAAAAAAUAGAAGGCGCUAUGACAGCAGGGAGGGACAUCAGAUUCUAUAAUACAGAGAUGCACAGAGCAGCGUUUGUUCUUCCAACCUUUGCAAAGAGAGAGCUAGAAGCAUACGGUGGCUCCACUAGAGGGGCACAACAAGAGGAAAAAUCAGCAGAACCAGCGAAGGUUGCCAUCGUGCCACACAGUGAAAUUCUUACUGCUUAGAUGAGGGCUCCGUGACUUGUUCAACCGUCGUGUGCUAUCAGGAAAUGGUUCCUCUCCACUAGUAUCCAUGCUGGACAUCAAGUACUUACUGGUAUAGUAGCAACAUAAUUGGUGUGGGAUAUGGCAAUACGCUUUGUGCGAUUGAUAUGAUGGUAUGAUAAGAUUUGUUGGAUUGAUUCCUGGGAAUGGAUAAACCAGAGAAAGUUGUGUGGCUA